AUGAGUCUCCGCAAGCGUCGGGCUAGCGACGGUGGUCAGCCAACAGCCAAAUAUGCUCGUACCGAAACUACGGACUCUCGACUUGAUCAGGAGACGACUGGAUCUUCUGACUUUCCUGAGGUCCGUGGCGACUUCAAAAUAGUGGUCAAACUUAGAUCCACGUCCAAGGCUGCCCGCAACGACCCAAAACUCACACUGCCUCAACGUGAGCUAUACCGAAAGAUCCUCUCAGAACAGUCUAAUGGAGGACCAGCUACUGCAAGACAUCGCGCAGCAGCUUACUUUGCAGCCCGUCGUCUCAAACCAUCUCACGACGAAGACGAAUCCGAAUCCGAUAAGCAGUCAAAAACCACCAGUGAGAAUGGCGAUGCUGGCAAUAUUCACAAAAACUACUCCCUCGAAAGGGUACCCAUGAGCAUGGGAGAGACCGGGAAAGGUAUCGAUGAAGAAGAAAGUCAAGGAGACGAUGUCGUGACUUGCCAGCAUGGCGAGCAGAUCGAAGGUGGUGCCGAACAUGAAAGUGAGGACGACGACGAAAUUGACGACGGCUACGAUGAAAGUGACAUGGACGUCGAAGAUGACAGUAAUGAAGACACUAGCGAGGACGAAGAUCGCUCCGAUUUUGAUCCAGAUUAUGAGUUCGAGUGGCUAGAACCAAUCGUUGUCGAAGCAAUUCCUACUGCAAACCUAGACGAACACGGCGAGCCGAUGAGGGUUGCAUACUGCGAUGCGAAGUUGAUUAGAAGAGGCCAAAUCCGGGAUGAUUUCUAUGGACAGAUGGAGCCACCUUCAAACGAGACAUCAAUGCUCGCGCUUGACCUGUUCGACCGGUAUGGUCGACUGAGAUCUGAGUUCAAAACCCACCCGGUCAUCAAGGGAACUGGUGUCUGGGGUCAGGAACUGGAUCACGGGGAUAUACUCCUCAUUGAAGAAGUCUUUGUCAACAAAGACUACCGCAGACAAGGACUUGGUCGAAGAAUGAUUGAGUCACUGUUGACACGGGCCUGGGAGAAGACGUGGUCUUUCUUUGCUUUCGUCUGGCCAACCUUCUUGAGAUUGAACGACCUCCGCCGAGAAUGGGACAGCUUACCAGACGAUGCGGAAAGACGUAAAUUGGAAGAACGCGAACAUGACCGGGCUACCAUGUUUUACAGGUCUUUAGGAUUUCGAAGGGUGGGAUCCACCAUCUGGUUUGCGUUGGCUCCCAACAACGAUCAUCCCUCUCACCAGCUUGCCUCAAUAGAGGACUUCAACCCCCCAAAGCCGCCUUCAACCUCUCUCCAUUCCCUCUUGGCCCCAUUACAGCAGAUUGCCGACCCUCCUCCGUCCCCUCUCGUCCGAAUAUUGAACCCGCAGCCUCGCGAAUCCCCAGACUUUCUUGACGUGCUCCAGAACUGUAUGCAAGAAAAUGGCUCAGCUGACGCCUGCUGGACGAGUAAGGAUAAGCAUGGCAAUACAGUCCUUCAUCUGACUGCGUCAAUAUUCAACGUUGCGUGCGUGGAAUGGGUUUUGAAGCAAGAUUUCGGAGCUCGGCUUCUUGAAAUGCGCAACAAUCGGGGCGAAACCCCUCUGGAAUUAGUGCAAUUCAAACUUGAAAGACUCCGCACGCAGAAGGUUGUCAAUCAAUUGACCAUACCUGUCUCCGACCGAUUCGAAGGACAUAAUGAUGAUGCUGUCCGUUGUUUGGUCUUGCUGAAAGGACUGGAGUCUGUGGAGUCUCUCGGAGAGCUCCACGAUCCGGAUGCCUUGCAGCGAAUAGUUGGCGGAUGCACGUGCGGACAAUGUCUGGGGGGUUUUUUGAGUCCUAGGAUGUCGCACGCUCUCCUAUGUCAGGCUCACCUCGGAUACGAUAUGAUGAAUGGUGACCUAGAUCAGUUGCCCGGGCUAGACUGGGUCGAAGAUUGGGAGAAUUAUCUCGGUUACUUGCCUUCGAAGGUGCUGGACAACCUCACUACGAACAAGUCCAUGCGUCAGGGCUUUGUGAAUCUCUGGCUGCACGUUGGGACCUGUCUGGAGAAGGGGGCCGUGCCUAACACAUCCAAUGUGUUGGACGUUGUUAGAUCUGCUCGCGAGUGGCCUCCUGCUACCAGAAAUUUUCUUCAAAGAGGAGGCACCGUGGAGUCAGUGUUUCUGGCGAUAUGUAGAGAGGCCAUCAAGGAGGACAAGUGGACGGGAGGUGGGGAGUACCAGGAGAUAAUUGGCGAGGAAAUUGGAAACCUACCUGAGUGUAGGAAUGACUGUGAGUUUGGCUAUGUUAGUGGUAUGUGCGGUUACAGGCGUAUUUGUCUCAGACCGACAGUGGAUAUGAUGGGCAAUCGUCUUGACGAGGACGGAAACAUUAUCGAUUCGGGACUGUAG